AGAAGAAUAACAAGCGAAGAAGAAACGAAAAACGACCGUCGCUUUCACACCAUGCCGAAGAGAAAAGUGACAUUUGAGGACGGUGCCGGUGAUCUGGACUUGGAGGAGGAAGAAGUCCCAAACAAGAAGACUUGUGAGGCUGUGAGCGGACCGGGCUCCAGGUUCAAGGGCAAACAUUCCCUUGAUAGUGACGAAGAGGAUGAAGGCGAGGAAAAACAAACCAGCAAAUAUGAUAUUUUGGCCAGUGAUGAUGUGGAAGGCCAAGAGGGGGCAACAAUCGACUUUGACGAGGGAGUCUCUAUUACACCUUUCAACCUAGAUGAGGAGAUGCAGGAAGGACACUUUGACUCAGAGGGAAACUAUUUUGUCAAAAAGGAAGAAGAGAUUAGAGACAACUGGCUUGACAACAUCGACUGGGUGAGAAUAAAAGAGCAACCCUUCAAACAAAAAAAGAAAGGUCUUGGAGCCAAAAGGAAGCGCAGAGCAGGUGAUGAAGAUGAGGCUGAGGAAGAGAAACAGAGAGAAGAGAAGCAAGCGAACAAAGAUAAUGAAGAAGAGGAGGAGGAUGAAGAGGAGGAUAUGGAGCCUGCAGAGGACCCCCUGGCAUCCUACACACAGGAUCAGCUCACCGAAGCUUUGAUUGAACUGUUGCAACCCGGGGAGACGGUCACAGCGGGCCUUCGUCGGUUGGGAGGCCUCAGAGUACGGAAGAAGGGAAAGCUGAGAGAAGAGAGCGAACCCACAGAGGAGAUGAAAAGGGAUACAGAAAAGCUUGAUAGGCUCACAUCACUUGCUGACAGACUGGUUGCAUCUGGGGUGUUUGGGAUCUAUCAGCAAACGUAUGAAAAGCUGGCCUAUUCACUGAAGAACAAGAGCAGCAAGAAGAAGAAGAAAUCCGGCGAUGGUGAAGAACAAGAUGAACUUGAUAUGUUUGGAGAUAAAUUUGAUGAGAAGCACACCGAGACAGCAGAGGAAGAGGAAGACGAAAAAGUGACUGAUGAAGUGAUGUGGGAGUACAGAUGGGAGAACGAGGAUAAAUCAGAAAUCUACGGGCCCUUCACCAGCCAGCAGAUGCAGGGUUGGGUGGACGAAGGCUAUUUCAGCAGUGGUGUUUACUGCAGGAGGUUAGACCAGGAGGGAUCUCAGUUCUACAGCUCCAGGAGACUAGACUUUGAGCUCUACACAUAAUCGAUAACCAGCAUCGAUUAAAUGAAUCAUAACCAUCACUUUGUCAGCAUUCAUGUUUCUCCUGUCUUCGUCUUCCCUGCCAAUCUAUCAUUUUCUGUACAUUGUUUUUAAAUAAAUAAGUCAUGUAUGUGGUGUUG